UAUUUUUUUAAAGUAAUAUCUGUAUAAUGCUCAGAAAUAUUUUUAUUAAUUGUCUUAGAUUAUACAUACUAAUAUAAAGUGAAGUGUAAUAUUUCAAGUGAAUUACAAAGGCUAAUUUAAUUUUGAAAAAAUUGUUUCUGAUUUUAUCUGAUUACGUUAGUUUGUUUGCAAAUGAUGACUGAAUCGGCUCCCACACCAGCAGCAAUCACUGCCGGCGAGGGUACAAGUGUUGUUACAUUAACUUCAGCAGAGACCGCCGAACAGGAUAUUCCUGUGUUACGAUUGAGAUUGAAAAAACCUAAAACGUAUAAACAAGUACAAUGGACAACAGGAACUGUGGAUAACGAAUUUAUGAAUAAAAAGAAAUCAAAAUGUUGUUGUAUAUAUGAAAAGAAAAGACUUCCAACCGAUAGAAGUUCAGAUGAGGAAAGCGAUCGUGAUGAAUGUGAUCAUUGUCACGGACAUGUUGAACAACGAAUAAAAAGUAAACCAGCUACAACUAUAAAUGUUCCAGCCAAGCAUGAUCCAGCGGCAGGUGGUGAAGAUGGUUCAAAUAGUCCUAUGUCCGAGGAUAAUCCUGAAUAACUUAUCUGUGUUAUAAAUAUAUAUUUUUGUGUUGUAAGACUUAAUUUAAAAAAUAUGUUGUGAAAAAUUAUUCUAAAUAAAUUAAACAUAAAAUUCAUAGAUUUUAAGGAUUAUUAGAGCAUUAUCGAGUCGAAAUUAUUUUAAAACAAUUGUUUCGAUAAAAUUUAAUGUUAAUUUUAAUUUGGUUACAUUAACUUUCAGAUCCAGCAAUUCUUCGCUUUGCUAAAUUUGAGGCAGGGAGUAUUUAUUGUAUGUCGUUUAAAUUCAUUAUUGCGAUUUUAUUCGAAUUGAAGACUUAAUAGAAUUUUAACAUUUAACAUAUAGGGUGUUCUACAAGUAUGGAACAACUCGUUAGGUCACUCGAAAAAUAUUCUCGAUAUCUAACGGUUGAAAGAAAUAAUUAAAAAUUAUUUCAUGCUCAAUUUUGAUUUAAAAAAACACAUAAAAAUGACUUUCAUUAAUAUUUCAAAUCUGAAUCAUACAAAUUUGGACAAAAGAUAUUGAUACAAAUUUCAUGAAAAACCUGGAAAAAUAUUGCAUCUAGGAAGUUUAUACUAUUGAUGUUAUAAAAAUUAAUAAGGUUGAAAUUAACAUUAAAUUUUGAUAAAAUUACAAUUCCCGCUGGAUUAUAAAUUAUAUUUUUUUAUUAUUAAGUUUGAGAUGAUUAAAAUACAUAGAUAUGAUGAUUUUCGAUUAUGUCACAAAAUAUAGUAGCAUGUUCCAGGCCCGUGCGCAGAAAUAGGCUAAAGCGCUUAACCGCUCUUUAGACAUUGUCGAUCUAAGAUAUAUUUUGAGGCGACGCAAAGUUGAAAAGGAGCUGUCAUUCGCAUGAAUUGUUGACGUCCUGUCCGCCAAUGCGAGACGUAAAUGUAGCGAAAAUGCAGCUAUUAAGUCUUUUUAAAGAGGGUCAGUUUAAUUCCUUGGGUAUAUUUAUAAACAAUGCUUAAGCAAAGAAUUGUUUAAAAGAAAUUCAUGUUCAUAAUUGGUAAGAGACAGGCAGUAUUUAUUACCAGGUCUAAAAUUCUGAAUAGUGAGAUGGGAAGCUAAAACAAUUAAUUUUUGUUUUUAAAUUGGGAUAAUUUGAUUUUUAUAAAUUAAAGUUUUUUCUUCUCAUUGAUUGAUGAAUAUAAUGAGCUUGUGAAUGUAGAAUAAUUGGCAAAUUAUUCUACAUUCAUUAAUUAUUACACAAUUUUUCGAAAGAAUAUUAGCAGCGUUCAGCAGUUCAGUAUUUGAAUCUGAACAUAUUUUUAUAAAAUAAU